UUUGCUUCCUCCACGACCGCGCAGCAUCAUUCGCACCUCACAACUCGCCACAUCUUGCGACCUACAGCCAAUUGUUGUUCAUAAAGCGUUCAUAUUGAAUUAAAGCUAUGGCUACGCUUGGCCUGGACGACGAUGAGCUCAAAUUGGUCGAGCAAACGCUGUCGCGGCUGGCGCAGCUUUCCAGCAGCAUCCAAAGCCUGAAACUCGACAUUUUGAAAUGCAACCCUCUGCCGCACCCAACCUCCCUGCAAGCUUCGGCGCAGAUUCUGCAACGCAAUCUGCAAACGGUGCUCGACAGCUUAACCGAAAACGAAAGCUUGUUUUCGCGCAUCGCUAUCCACCCCUCUACAAAUUACCCCGGUCGAACACAAGAAGCGAUCUUGACGCAAUUGCUGCGCAAGAAACUAGAGCCAGAUGUAGAAGAACUCGUGGCUAAGGGACGAGAAACAGCGAAGCUCGCAACCCCAGAGGGCGUCGCUGAACUGCAACAGAUUUGGGACGAGUUACGAGCGUGGACGCAUAGCCGCAUUGCAACGUACGUGCGUGAUGAAGCUGGGCAAAUAUACACAAAAGAAGAGGUCGAGAGUGGUGUGGAGAAUAUCCGCACUGGCCUGAAACGGGAUAUUGACGAGGACGAGGACGACGAGGACGACGAGGAUGAGGAAGCCGAAGCCGAAGCCGAAAAUGGGGAUGGCGCUCAGGAAGGCAACAAGCCCAAGAUCUCGCGGGGUCCUGAGCCGGAAACACUGCUAUGGUUUGCAUCGAGAUGCGACUUUGAGGUGCCUCGAAAUGUCGAGUAUGAGAGAAAAGGCGCUUUGAAUAAGGGCUUCGACGGCGUAAAUUUGCCGCCAGAUGCCAUGCAACUUUGAAGUACGCCUGGGGCGUUUUAAUGACUUAUGUAUGAUAUAUCCUGCCGUUGAAAAAUAAAUACUAUUACAUUGAAGUAAAAGACAAACUAGCACCAUAUGUGCCAUGUAUUAAUCUGGCCGAGCAUAAAACGUCACUCGCCCUUGAUGACGGCUGCGCUUGUUGCGAAAGGUUCGCCCACCACCUGCACUUGUUUGUUAUAAAGUGUCAAGAGUUCGGCGAGAACCUCUCCAACUGGCCGUUAAAAUGCGAUUGCCGUAGUAGCGUAUGAGUAUACGCAACAUCAGGUACGAAUAGAGAGCUAUACUUGAUACCACUUGCACUGAGAAGCCAGAAAGCAUUGCGCCGAGCAACGUGAAGUGUAUCGCACCAGCCGUCUGCUUCCACAAGGAGAUUUUGAAGUUUGGUGGCCGCGUCGACAUCCAUUGGUCAUACUGUUCGUUGUUUAUAGCUCCCAUGAAUAUAUCGUAACAUUCUGUCAGUUCACACCGAUAAAGACAGAUUGCUGUGGCUAUGGCACCGCCAAUGUGCCAGAAGUAGUCGCCACGUUCCCAGUGUCAAAGUAGAUAGGCCGAGUAAAUGGUUUGUGCUGCUAGAGCGAACGCCGUGUAUGUAUAGUAGAUCGCAAACGGGUGACGCAUAUCAGCAUUUCCAUACAUGAUGGCGGCAGUCGGGUAAAUUGCAAGGCAGUGAAGAGGAAGUUGUUGGUUAGAGGCUCUGUUGGCUGCUAGACGAGACGAGGCUGUGACCAUGCUCAUCCCCCACCACAGGGUCUAGUGAUUCGUCCGCCCUACACUCCCCGCCGUCUGCGCGCUACGCGUAAUAGAGGGGUGUAUCACUACG